ACUAUUAUUAUUAUUGUAAAAAAAAAAGUCAUACUUACAAAUUGUCGAUAAGUUAAAUAAAAUAGAGAGCAUUUAUUAAUUGCCAUGAAAUAAAUAUAAAUAUGAUGUAGAAAUGAUUUCGGAAGCGUUCAAAGAUUUUUUAGCGACGUCAGCAUCUAUUUGCACAGUAUUACAAUUUUUGGCUGGCACAUUAGUCUGUAGAAAGUAUAUAAUUAACGGAACAACUGGUGAUACAUCUGGUUUUGCAUUUAUCACAUGUUUAGUAUCAUGCAGCUUUUGGUUAAGAUACGGAUGGAUGAUAAAAGAUAUUUUUGUGAUUAUGGUUAACAUAUUCGGAGUUAUAUUACAGUUGGGAUAUAUCGCUAUUUAUAUAUUGUACUGUAUUAAAAAAUCGACCAUCGUCAGACAAUUUUUAUCAGCAGUUUUGUUUAUUACUGGAGUAUAUUUAUGGAGUAUUGUUGAAGAAAACAAACAAUUGGCGACAAGACAAAUUGGUUUUUUGAGCUGUGGGUUCACUAUUUUAUUUUUUGCGUCUCCUCUGACUAUGCUGGCUCAUGUAAUAAAACAUAAAAGUGCUGAUAGUCUACCGUUUCCUGUGAUAAUAUCAUCUCUAGUAGUAUCAUGCCAAUGGUUUGCAUACGGAUGCUUAAAGGACGAUCCUUUUAUUCAAAUGCCAAAUUUUCUCGGUUGUAUUUUAUCAGCAUUUCAGUUAUCACUGUUCGUUAUUUAUCCGAGUAAAAAAGUUGGUGAUAUACGUAUUAUUUAAAGAUCUAUUUUAAAUAUAAACUAAUUAUUGACAAGUACCGUAACCUUCAAAUAGACUUACCGUAAUUUAUAUAUAUACAUAUACAUAUAUAUUUUUAACAAUUGACUGUAGGUACCUCAGUUUUUUUUUUAAUUGUAUAAACGAAUAAGAGACUUUUUAAAAAAUGUAUAUUAU